UCUGCAAUUUGUAUUACUCUUUUACUUCACCUCAAGAAGGAAAACAAUUUUGUCUUGAUUUUUGGAGCUUGCUGCCCAUGGCUUCGUCUUCUCUGUUACUCUCGCCUAUCUCAUCCACUGUCGCUGAGAAUCGGGAACUGAGCAGCGGUGCUGCUGCUUUUCUGCACAAUCGAAAGCUUGUAUUUGCAGCUAAGCCCAGGAAAACCGUUGUUCGAAGAUGGGGGUUCAAGGCUCCAGUUGCUCGGAAGUCGCUUGACCAUAUACCCAAACAAUUUCGAGAAGAAAAUCUCAAGGAUGGAUUGAUGGACAAUUACAAAAAUACACCGCAGUAUGUUUAUGGCCUUACCCCUUCACAGAUGGAUAUGUUCAUGACAGAAGAUAAUCCCGUUCGCAGACAGGCAGAAAAAGUCACAGAGGAUAGCAUUUCAUCAGCUUGCAAUUACUUGAACAAUGGUGGAAUGUGGAGUUUAUCGGGCAUGAAUGAAAGAGGGCCCUCAAAGUACAGCAUGAGCAUCAGCAUGUACCGUGGGGGUGGUAGGGGAUUUGGAAGGCCCAGAACUGCUCCUCCUGAUUUGCCAUCUUUACUUUUAGAUGCUCGAAUUGUCUUUCUGGGCAUGCCGAUUGUACCUGCAGUGACAGAACUUAUUAUUGCCCAAUUUAUGUGGCUAGACUACGACAGCCCAACGAAGCCAAUAUAUCUAUACAUCAAUUCGCCCGGCACCCAGAAUGAGCAGAUGGAGACUGUUGGGUCUGAAACUGAGGCAUAUGCAAUAGCUGACGCCAUGGCAUACUGCAAAUCCGAUGUCUAUACUGUAAAUUGUGGCAUGGCAUUUGGUCAAGCGGCAAUGCUUCUGUCUGUUGGAGCAAAAGGAUAUCGUGCAUUACAACCAAACUCAUCCACAAAGUUGUAUCUUCCAAAAGUCAACAGAUCAAGUGGAUCUGUCAUAGAUAUGUGGAUUAAGGCCAAAGAACUAGAUGCAAACACAGAAUACUACCUCGAGCUCUUGGCCAAAGGGAUUGGCAAGCCAAAGGAAGAGAUUGAGAAGGAUAUCCAACGUCCAAAGUAUUUCCAAGCACAGGAGGCCAUUGACUAUGGCAUUGCUGACAAGAUCAUUGCCCCUGAAGAUGCAGCAUUUGAGAAACGGAACUAUGAACAAUUGCUUGCACAAUCAAAAGCAAUGAGAAGAGCAGCUGGAGCUGGUCCACAGGCAGCUCCCUCCGGUUUUAGGUAACCAGAAAGCCUAAAAUAGUCUCAGACACUCAGGGAGAAGAUGGUCUAAUCCGUAUUGUUCCACCAUGAUCAACAAACUAGAGUCGCCUAUGUGAUUUGGAUAUUUUUCUGUAGUUGAAUGCAAAAAACUCGUUCACCUUUUGGUUAAGAUGUCGCUGAACUUGUUCAGCACUUAAAAAGUACUUUGUACAUGGUUAAAUAGAGAAAUAGUGCUUUACCACUUAUCUUUAUCGUGUAAUUGCACGUAAGAAUAUUUGAAACAUAAACGAUCAGAUAAGUAAUUAGAUUUUAUGAUUUUAUUAAUAGAAAGCUUUAUUAA